CUCAUAAACAGGGCCACAGUCCACUUGAAUGAGAAACAUUUCACCUUUACACUGUGGGUCCUGUAGACACACAGGUCUUUUCGUCCACUGCAUCUCAGAAGAACACACACGCUACCAUGGCAGACAAAGAGAAGAACGAUGAUAAGAAACCAAAGAAGAGCACAGAAUGCUGUGGUUAUCCAGUCAGUAUUUUUUUCAUUGUUGUCAACGAGUUUUGUGAGAGAUUCUCCUAUUAUGGAAUGCGCGCGGUGCUGGUGCUGUACUUCAGGUACUUCCUGCGUUGGGAUGAUGAUCUUGCCACCUCCAUCUAUCACGCAUUUGUGGCCCUGUGCUACCUGACUCCUAUACUAGGUGCCAUAGUGGCCGACUCCUGGCUUGGAAAGUUUAAAACCAUCGUCUAUCUGUCCAUUGUCUAUGCCAUUGGCCAGAUAACCAUGGCAGUCAGUGCUAUUCAUGACAUCACUGACACAGACAGAGACGGCACACCAGACAAUACAGCAGUGCAUGUUGCCUUGGCUAUGGUAGGACUGAUCCUCAUUGCGCUUGGUACAGGUGGCAUCAAACCCUGUGUGUCUGCAUUUGGAGGAGAUCAGUUUGAAGACCAUCAGGCGAGGCAGCGAAGUACGUUCUUCUCUGUGUUUUACCUGUGUAUUAAUGCAGGCAGUCUCCUCUCCACACUCAUCACCCCAAUACUACGAGGUCAGGAGUGUGGCAUUCACAGUAAACAGAAAUGCUACCCACUGGCUUUUGGUGUUCCUGCAGCCCUCAUGGUGGUAUCUCUGGUUGUGUUCAUUGCUGGCAGUGGAAUGUAUGUUAAAGCUGCACCCAAGGGCAACAUUAUGCUGCAAGUGUCUAAAUGCAUUGGGUUUGCUAUUAAGAACCGCUACAAAUAUCGUAGCAGUAAAGUACCCAAGAAGGAGCACUGGCUGGACUGGGCUGAAGAGAGAUAUGAUAAACUCCUCAUUGCUCAAAUUAAAAUGGUGCUCAAAGUGCUUUGCCUCUACAUCCCACUCCCAAUGUUCUGGACCCUAUUUGACCAAAAGGGCUCCCGCUGGACCCUCCAAGCCACCACCAUGGAUGGGACAUUUGGAACACUGAUUCUGCAGCCGGAUCAGAUGCAGACAGUGAACCCCAUUUUGAUUCUCACCCUGGUGCCUGUCAUGGACAGAAUUGUUUAUCCCCUCAUCAAAAAGUGUGGCCUCAACUUCACUCCUUUGAAGAGAAUGACUGUUGGGAUGUUUUUAGCUGCCAUGGCUUUCGUGUCUGCAGCUUUGGUCCAGCUUGAGAUUGAUAAAACACUGCCAGUUUUACCUUCCUCUACACAAACCCAGCUGAAGGUAAUUAACAUGGGAAAUGCUCAGCUCCAAGUCAACUUCUCUUCCCACACAUCUCUAAUGCUUGGAUCCCUGCAGGCCAGUGAAGACUACAUGACAUUUGACAAUCCAGACAUUAAAAUUUCUUUGAAUACAAAUCCUGUGAUCAGUGAAAACUUCACCCUGAGUUUAGGAAAGCGUCAAACCCUCAUCAUCCCCACUAUUCCUGAUGCCAUGUAUCUGACAAAUGAUUUAACUGCCAAACCAGAGCAAGGCAACAAUGCAGUCAGAUUUGUGAAUGGUAUGAAUAGAGCACUGAAUGUUUCAGAUGUUGCACUCAUCGAACCAUCAGCUAUUUCAAACAACACACUCUAUUCACAGGGGUCUCAGACGUUCAACAUCACCGAUGGUGCUCAGUCAUGUCAGUUCUCUACACACUUUGGGUUUGGAGGAGCUUACACCUUCCUAAUCCCCAGCACAAUGACCUGGACUGAAAAUUGUAAUGACUCUGUAGUGAGAGUGGAAGAUAUUCAGCCCAAUACUGUGCACAUGGCCCUUCAGAUCCCUCAGUAUUUCCUUAUUACUGCAGGAGAAGUGGUGUUCUCCGUCACUGGCCUGGAAUUCUCCUACUCACAGGCUCCCAGUAACAUGAAGGCAGUGCUGCAAGCUGGCUGGCUCUUGACUGUGGCUGUGGGAAACAUUAUUGUGCUGAUUGUCGCAGAGCUGGCAAAAAUCCCUGACAAGUGGGCCGAGUAUGUGCUGUUUGCUUCUCUGUUAGUGGCAGUGUGCGUAAUCUUUUCAAUAAUGGCUUAUUUCUACACCUACAUCGAUCCUGCUGAGAUCGAGGCCCAGUUUAAGGAAAACAACGAGCUGGAACCGGAUGAGAAAGAAGAGAAAGAACAUAAAGCUAUAAAGAUGGAAACACACAAAACAUUGCAAAGCCAAGAUGAACCGAUGUAAAAGUCAUUUCAUAGCAGAUGUCAAUUUCUGAUAUCUUUAAAAACAGACUUACAGACAUUAUAAGUGUUAGAAAUACAUGCCAUGUGUAUGGAUUCAGAACAAAACAUAAUACAUAUAGAUGCACAAUGUGAACAACAAAAUUGAAAGUAUGCUGAAUACUGAAACAACUAUUACAGUAUAUAUAGAUCAUAUGUAUUUUCUAAAUAAAUGUGUGUGUAUGUAUAUAUACACCAAUUUGUUAAACAAAAUGUACUUUUCUAUUGAAAAAAUGUAUAUAACAAUAUUUUCCUAAAAGCACUGCCUAGAACAGAUUUACAGUACAGUAAGCAUCUGUUUUCUGGAUACAGUUCAAUAAGUGAACUAAUGUACACUGUUAAUCAAUUAUCCUGCUCAAGUGAACAAUCAGUUAAGUCCAGAACCUGCUUAAUGACUCUCGGGUAGACCAACAAUAAAUGUGGUCAAUUUGCAAAGA